GUACGAAACCCAGCAAAAGGACGAGAACUCUGUCGAAAAAAAACACGUGGGGAUGGAGGUGGUUGCAGGGACGUACGAAGAGUUAUUACUGGGUUACAGACUUGUUAAGUCCGAUACUGAUGGUGUCUAUCACUUGGAGGCAAGUUUCACUGACCAUUCCCAUAUUGGUUGUGUAAAGACUGUUGCUAUAUCUCAGAAAGGCAUUCUAGCGUCGGGCAGUACAGAUGAAACCAUACGAUUGUUUAACCUAAGGAAGAGAAAAGAAAUGGGCUCUUUAGUUCAACACAUGGGGUCUGUGAUGUGUCUGGAGUUUUUCAAAGGGACACACUUGUUCAGCUGUGCUGAAGACGGAAAUCUCUGCGUGUGGAAGUCGUUCACGUGGGAAUGUCUCAAGAUUCUCAAGGGUCACAAAGGUGGAAUAAACUGUCUGUCCGUUCACCCCAGUGGUAAAAUGGCACUGACUGUGGGCAAAGACAAGACACUACAUACCUGGAAUUUAAUGACAGGUCGAUCAGCUUAUGUGAGCAACAUAAAACAAGUUGCUGACAUAGUUAAGUGGUCACCAGAUGGAAAUCAUUACAUUGUUGUUUGCAAUAAUACCAUAGAUGUCUACAAGGUGGAGACAUGUUCUGUACAGGUCACUAUCACUGCUCCAAGAAGAAUCAACAGUGCUGUGUUUCUUGAUCCUCGGUGUUUGGUGUAUGGCGGGGAAGGGGGUGUUCUCUAUGUGUGUGACAUCAACACAGGCAGUGAGCUAUACCACGAGGAAACAGGAACAAACAGGAUUCGUGGUAUUGCAGUGACCGAGUCAUAUGAUGGUAAUAAAAGCCACUGGGUAACGACAGCAUCCAGUGAUGGGGUUAUCAAUGUGUACCAACUGAAACUAUCCAAGACUGUCAAAUCAAAACUGCUGGCAAAGUUUGAUACCAAGUUCCGUUUAACAUCAGUGGCUGUGACACCGUAUGCGCCUCCCUCCGACAAACCAUUGGAACCCCCGACAGGCGAAGUUAAAGAGGAAGAAUUGGUGAUUCCAGCAGACGGUGACAGUCAUAGUGAUACCUCAGACUCUGAACCCGAACAGUCAAAGACUGUUAGAAAAGGGGAGACAAACAGUAAGAGGAAGCGGAAAUCUCCAGAUGUGGAGAAAAGUAAACCAGUGUCCAAAAAACAAAAGAAAACGUCCAAAAGUGAAGAAGCAGAUUCAGAAAAAACAACGGGCAAGAAGAAGUUGAAGAAUAAAAAGAGAAGAAAGAAAGAGGCGGACCUAGUGUCAACUCGAGCAGGAGUCACAACUGAGAAGCUGGCGGAUACAGCAGAGUGGGUGGAAGUAUUAAAUAUUAAACAAAAGACAUGGGCGGAUGCAGGAUUUUUCUAG